UGAUUAGGUUUAACAUGCUUUAGGUCACAAAUACUGUGAGCAUGCUCACUCUGCACUUAUUGCUGAUAUACGUGAUCUAUAUAACGUCAUCCUCGUGCACUAAAAUUAAUAUUUUCAUUGACUAGAUGUGCCAACUGAAUUUUCUACUUCCACUAAAAUGAUGAAUAUCCUAUGCCUGAUCUCCUUGAUUUCAUUGAUUCCAACCAAGAUGGUAGAGGAAGAGAUGCUGAAUCCCUGAAGAGGAAGAAUCUGGGUUUAAUGGUGUUUGCGAUUUGAGCUAACAGGAGAGCAAGAGGAAGAGAGCAGAGAUGGUGAAUUACUGGAAGUCUAAAGUCCUUCCGACGAUCAAGAAGGUGUUUGACAGGAACGGCAAGAAGGCUGCCGCCGCCGAGGCAUGCAAGUCCUUCGACGAAUCGAAGGAGGACAUCAGCAAGGAGUUCGAAGAGAAGAAGACUGACCUGCAGCCCAAAGUUGUGGAGAUCUACGAAGCUUCUGCCGUUGAAAUCAAGACUCUGGUGAAGAAACCGACGGGGUCAGGACUGAAGAAGAAAUCAACUGUUGUGAUCAAGUUCAUCGAGGAACUAGUGAAGAUCGAGUUCCCUGGCUCGAAGCCGGUGAGCGAGGCUGCCGCCAAGUACGGCCCCGGCCUCGUCUCCGGUCCCGUGAUCUUCCUCUUCGAGCAGGUGUCCACCUUACUCCCCGCAGAGGAGCCGCCUGCUCCCGCCGAACCGGCCGUCGAGAGCACCAGCAAGGAUAUUACACCGGAAACCGCGGAGGAGAUCAAGAAGGAAGAGGCUGAGGCGGAGGUGGAAGAGGCACCUGCCCCGGCCGACCCGGCUCCCUCGGACCCCUCCCCGGAGACGGAGAAACCGGCCGAGCCAGCGGCUGAACCCGCCAAGGCUUGAUAUAAACCACCAGCCUCCCGAACCGAUCAUUCCACCGCCACCUCGCCACCACCGCGCACCCAGUGUUUCCAUGAUUUAUUAUUCUUUCUCUUGUCUCUUCGUCAAUUUGCUUCUCUUUCUCCUGUACGUAACUAUGUCUUGGUUUCUCUCAUUUUGCUUUCGGCAAGGGGACAUGCAGGCCAUGUAAUAUCAUUAUUAAGUGCAGUGUGGUGUUAUGUUA